AUGGGCAACUGCAUCAAUAGGGUGCCUCUGUUAGGAUCCCCUUCAGAAGAGGACCAAGACGAGGCAUGGAAGAAACAGACGCGUGGAAGGAUAGAAAAUAAACUUUACAGACUUGUGGACCUGAAGGGUCCCAAUAGCAACACAGAACUGGUUCAAAUCUGGAAAGAAAGUGGAAGACCAGGAUUUAUGAGAGAGCUUCAACGCAAUGCAAUUCUAAUUCCUUAUUUAUAUGAACGAGGCGAAGGAAAGGAGGUUACGGCUGAGGAGAUGAAGGAAUGGCAACAUGAAAAGGGGCAUGAGGUAAACAAAUAA